UUAAAUAAACAAUAACGACUACUGCAUUAAUUACAAUGAUACUUCAAAAGUGAAUGAUACUUCACCGAUAUGAAACUAAUUUCUUAUUGUUUACGUCUAUAAUUGAUUAAAUUUAAUUAAUAAAUUUUAAAAAUUAAUCGGGAUGAUUUUAGUGAUAACCUAAAAGCGCAAUAGCUCGUAUAUCCUGCUAUAUAAGUGGCUCGCUAUUCAUGUUUUAAAGUUCAGUGCUCAUCGAUACUUGAUCUUGAUCAAAUACUAAACGGUAGUCAGUAGUCGAGCCGAUUGUUAAUCAACAAGUUGUGUCUGCGCUGCCUUUAUAACUGCUGUUGUAGAGUGUGUUAAAAUUAUUUUUCAUUAAUGAAAGUGUUUAAAACUUUUUAAUAGUGAUUUAAUUGUGAAUUAAUCAGAUAUAAUGAUAUAAUUAAUUAAAUAAACAGAAUAUAAAAUGGCCGGUUUAGAUAUAAAUCCUGUAUCAGAAUCAACGACCCCAACGCGAAAAUUAAGCGUAGCUUGGGAUGGAAAUUCUAACAGUCCAAGUCGUAAAGUUAGCAGAACUGGUGUUGAUAAUCUUGGAUUUGAACACCCUAGAAGUAGAAAAGUAUCAGCUACUUCUAACCAUGAAGAAAUUGGACCAGUGAGGAAAAAAAGUAUUUUACAUAAUAGUAAUUAUGUCGUCGAUACAUUACCGGAUACACCAAAAACAAAUGGAGACGCUAGAGUUAAGAAAAUGUCCACAACGGAAUCAGUAGUCUCGAAAACACGGUUUUCAGAUGUAGUUGAAGAUGAUAGAUCUUGGUGGUAUACAUUUUGUUUAAAAUGUCGAACGAAAGAAAACCUUCCCUCAUGGCAACCCCCUUUAUGGUCGAAAAUUUGCCCUUAUCCUUUCUGUUUAACUUAUCGGCAGUUUUCGAGAAUUAUAGCUUUAGGUUUAAUAGGAGUGUUGCUAUGGGGAGUAGUUUACACGGUUUUAGGGGAAACCGCCGCCCCGGGUGGUCAUCUUUUCCAGUUGAUUCUACUUACAAUCUGCGCUCAUUUCGGGGGAUUUCUAAUAAACCUUACCACACUCCCACCGUUAAUAGGAAUGCUUUUCACCGGAUUAAUCUUCCAAAACGUCGGAUUUGUCAACAUAGAUGAAUCGUUUAGUGAAGUUACAGCUGAAUUAAGAAAAAUCGCCUUGGUUAUAAUUUUAAUAAGAGCCGGUUUAGAUUUAGACCCAAAUGCGUUAAAACGAUUAAAAUUUACAACAAUUCGAUUGGGUUUAGUACCAUGGGGUGUUGAAGCCGUUGUGAUAAUGUUGACGACUCAUUUCUUUCUGGAUUUACCUUGGAUGUGGUCUUUACUUCUUGGGUUUAUAGUAGCUGCUGUAUCACCAGCUGUUGUAGUCUCAUGUCUCUUUCGAUUAAGGGCGAAAGGAUAUGGUGUAGCAAAAGGAAUACCAACUCUAAUCAUAGCCGUCGCAAGUAUUGACGAUGCCGUUAGUGUCGCUUUCUUUGGAAUAAUCAAGAGUAUCAUGUUCUCUGGAGAUUCAUUAACGUCGCAAAUUAUUCAGGGGCCCAUUUCGAUCGUUGGUGGAAUCGCAUUUGGAGUUUUAUGGGGAAUUAUAUCAAAUUAUGCCCCCGAAAGAUUCGAUCCUUUCGUUGUACCACUUCGGAUAUUAAUGCUUCUCGUCGGUGGGCUUAUUUCCGUCUUUGGAAGUGAGUUAAUUGGGUAUGGUGGAGCUGGACCUUUAGCUUGUGUGGGCGCCGCUUUCGUUAGUUUGGUUUGUUGGUCAAAGACAGGGUGGGAAGUUGAAGACAACCCGGCUGCAACCGCUUUUGAAAUAUUUUGGAUGAUUUUUGAACCAAUUUUAUUCGGAAUAACAGGCGCUAAUAUAAAAUUAAACGAAUUAGAUCCGCACAUUGUUAGUAUUGGUAUUGGUUGUCUUAUAGGAGGUGUAAUCAUAAGAAUAUUAUUUACCGUUUUAUUGGGAAUUGGAUGUCGAUUAAACUUAAAAGAAAAAAUAUUCGUCGCUUUAUCGUGGAUGUCUAAAGCUACAGUUCAGGCUGCUUUAGCUCCUGUUGCCUUAGGAAUCGUCGGGGAUGAAUCCCCAGAUAAAACUCAUGCCGAAAUUGUUUUAAUGAUCUGCAUCCUAUCGAUUAUUCUAACAGCUCCAACUGGUGCUGUUUUAAUUACAUUAUCUGGACCUCGUUUGCUGACAAAAACGAAAAUACCAGCUCCAAUUCCGGAAGGUUGGAGAAGAAGUCAUAGACCAUCUAUAAGAGAUAUCAGCAUCAUCGAUGAAGAAGAAGAAAGAGAUAAAGAGGAAGAUGUGGAAACGCCAAAUAGUCUAGGAAGUAUUGUUAUUAAUAAAGAAAGUCUGUAAAUUUAUGUUCUUUGUAGUGUAAGUGUUGUGAUGUAAUACAUUUUAGAAAUGUUUCAAAUCAAAUAUGUCAUAAGUUGUAACUAAAAGUAAUUAUUGUAUUGUACAUAGUAUUUAUAAGAAUUUAAUUCAUUUUUAAGCUGUAAGAAAUGUGCUCAAAUGGAUGCAUUUGAUGUUUUGUUGGAGUAUUUUAUAAAAAAUGUUAAGUACAAGGAAAUAAAUGUAAAUUGCAAUAUUUAAUA